UGCCGUGGUUUCUCAAACCAUCUUCGGCUAACACCUAGUCGCGGCUGUUGUUAACAUUUCGUUGCGUGAAACUGAAAAACCCAGCAUGUUAUUUUUCACGUGUUUACUGAAAUGAAAACAGAGUGUUAUUGAACUCGUUUUGGUUUCGUAGUUUAUCUUAUUCAGUCGAAGUUAGCUGGACCGCUAAUGCUAACGCUCAACGAGUGGAAAUGUUUAAAGCCAAAAUACUCUUUAUUGGUCCCAACGAGAGUGGGAAAACGGUUCUUGCAAAUUUUCUCUCCGAUACACUUGAAAAUGUGGGAGGUGAAUACAGACCCACUCAAGGAGUAAGGAUCCUGGAAUAUGAGUCACAACUUGGAAGUAGUGGUGACAAUGUGAAAUGUGAAGUUGAACUUUGGGACUGUUCGGGAGAUUUUAAACUUGAGUUGUGCUGGCCUGCACUGAUGAAGGACUCCAGCGGUGUGGUGAUCAUUUUUAAUCCCGACGUUCCGAGUCACCUCAAAGAAAUCGAGACAUGGCAUUCGAUGUUCAUCUCCUCCCAGGGUUUGCAGGACAGCCAGUGUUUACUCAUGGCUCACCAUAAGCCCGGCAGCGGAGUAGAAGACGAACGGCUGCCUUUAGCCCCACAUUUGGCCAGACUGCCGCUUAUUCACUCCAACCUGGAGGAGGAACCAGAGGAUGUGAGGAAAGCUUUCUGCAGAUACUUGGGAAAUGUCAUAAAAACAAUGUCGGAAAGUCGAGAGCAAGAGGAGAUGUCCAUCAUUACAUAGCAGCAAAAUCUAUAAAAUAUGCAGCUUAUUGAAGAAAUUUUUUGUUGGCACUGGCAAUCUGACAUUCACGAACUCUUCAGCAUUUAUAAAGUUAUGAAUUAUACAUCUUUGCUCUCAUUCAGCUGUGCAUGAAAUAUUCCAAAAUCCAUUGCAAACUUUUUAGCAAAGUAUUUUCCCACAGUUAGGUGUUUUUGUUGUGAAUAAAAUAUGAACCUACUCACUCUGGAAAUUAUACUCAAGAGACACCAAAUAAACUUUUCUGUCUAUA